UUUGAGUUUUUGUCAACAAAAAAGUUUUUUAAACUAAUUGUCACUGAAUUUGGUCCCAAUUUGUGUCCAUUUUAUUGAUUAUCUUUAGGUUUUUUGUGGUCAUAAUGAAAGCCAUUAUACAAAGAGUACAAAACGCGUCAGUUUAUGUGACAACUCUUGUAGUGAACGACCAGAUGGUGUCCCAAAUCGGCAGAGGUUUGUGUCUAUUGAUAGGCAUAUCACGCGAUGACACCAAAGAAGACAUGGAUUACAUGGUGCGAAAGAUAUUGAGUUUACGUAUCUUUGAUGCGGAAGACGGCAAGCGAUGGUCGGCCAGUGUUGUCGACAAGAAGUAUGAGAUCCUGAGUGUCAGUCAAUUCACGCUAUACUCGCAUCUGAAGGGAAAUAAACCGGAUUUCCAUCACGCGAUGGACACCAAGAAGUCGCAACUCUUUUACGAUUAAUUCGUGGACCAAAUGAGGAGAUCUUAUGACAAGGAUUUGAUUAAAGAUGGUGUGUUCGGAGCCCUAAUGGC